GACUGCCUCGGUGCUUGGUACUGGAGACCAACCCUAAAUGCUUCCUUUCAAGGAGUCACAAGAUAUGUCACAAUGAAGCAGUUUGGCAAGAUAGAACCUAGUCUUACUGGGGAAGGUAAUCGAUUGAUCAUUUCCUCUCAUGAACUUGAGCCAGUUCACAAUACUUACACUCUUCUCCAGAGAAACCCGAUUCCAGAGCCUCAAAAAUCGGUCUCGGUCACUACCGAAAACCUUAUUCUUGGAAUCCAUCGUCAGAUUCGACCAGUGCCAUCCUUGCUCGUCAAUUGACUGGAUGAACGGGAGGGCCGGCCGGUGGAGAUCUUCUUCCCGGCUUGCAUGAACGAAAAUAAACACUGGAAAUACGAGCCCUUCUCUGUAGAUCAAUGGAGGCUUUGAGGCUUGGAGAGGACCAAGACCGCCAAGUAUCCCCCCAUCCCCGUAUAAAUCGUAUAUUAAUAUAGCAAAAGAGUUCCACAACAACAAUGACGACCCCAGUCCACCAACAACCCUUCACCAAGUACCUACCCACGACACCAGAAAUGCAGUUCACAACCCUCACCGCCGCCCUCGCAGCCCUCACUGCCACCGCGACCGCGACGCCAAUCAUGGGCACCAUCAAAAUGUUCUACGACGCCGCCUCCGAUUGCACGGGAAACCCGCUGCAGAUGGAGACGGGCACGCUGCGCGGACAGGCCAUGGCGAUCCCGCCCGAUUAUGUCGGCGCGUGCCACCGGAUCCCGGUUGGGAUUGAUAACUCUACGUAUAAGAAGUUUUCGGCGAGCGGUCUUACGCCUGUUUUUAGCUUCGAGUUAUACACGGAUGCCGAGUGUCAGAACCUGGCGACGAAUGUGUCGAAUGUUUGCGUGCCAGAUGUUCAUUCUUACAUUGGUCGUCGCUUGGAUGGCAACUGA